CUCACGCGGCCCAGCCCGGAGAGGGGAAGGGGGGGGGGGGGGAACACACAAAAAAGGGGCGGAGCCACCGCCCCGCCGCCUCACGGCCCCGCCGCCAUCUUGUUUCUCGGCCGCUCAGCGCUCACUCCGCUCCGGCCGCCCCCCUUUUCCCCCCCCUCCCCGCCUCCCGCCGGCCGCACCGGAGGCAGCGCGGGCAGCGGGCGCAGCAGACGGAGGUCGCGGCGCCGGCCGCCCCGCUGCCAGGAUGUCGACAGACGGCGCUUUCGGCACGGCCGGCAGCAGCGAUGCCCAGCAGAGCCUCCAGUCCUUCUGGCCAAGGGUGAUGGAGGAAAUCAGGAACCUCACUGUGAAAGAUUUCAGAGUUCAGGAGCUGCCCCUGGCUCGGAUUAAGAAAAUCAUGAAGCUGGAUGAAGAUGUGAAGAUGAUCAGUGCAGAAGCCCCUGUGCUGUUUGCCAAGGCUGCUCAGAUCUUCAUCACCGAGCUCACCCUGCGAGCCUGGAUCCACACUGAGGACAACAAGCGCAGGACCCUGCAGAGGAAUGACAUUGCCAUGGCAAUCACCAAAUUUGAUCAAUUUGAUUUCCUGAUUGAUAUUGUCCCCAGGGAUGAGCUGAAACCUCCAAAAAGGCAGGAGGAGGUGCGCCAGGCUGUCACCCCGGCCGAGCCCGUGCAGUACUACUUCACCCUGGCCCAGCAGCCAGCAGCAGUGCAGGUGCAGGGCCAGCAGCAGGGCCAGCAGACCAGCACAGCCACCACCACCAUCCAGCCUGGCCAGAUCAUCAUUGCCCAGCCCCAGCAGGGCCAGACCACCCCAGUGACAAUGCAGGUGGGAGAGGGGCAGCAGGUGCAGAUUGUGCAGGCCCAGCCCCAGGGCCAGAGCCAGCAGGCUCAGAGUGGAACAGGCCAAACCAUGCAAGUGAUGCAGCAAAUCAUCACCAACACUGGAGAAAUCCAGCAAAUCCCGGUCCAGUUGAAUGCUGGCCAGCUGCAGUAUAUCCGCUUAGCCCAACCCGUGUCAGGCACCCAGGUAGUCCAGGGGCAGAUCCAGACGCUUGCAACCAAUGCUCAGCAGAUAACACAGACAGAGGUACAGCAGGGGCAGCAGCAGUUCAGCCAGUUCACAGAUGGACAGCAGCUGUACCAGAUCCAGCAGGUGACGAUGCCCGCGGGCCAGGACAUCGCCCAGCCCAUGUUCAUCCAGUCCAGCAGCCAGAGCUCGGACAGCCAGCCCAGCCAGGUGACAGGGGACUGAGCUCUGCCACAGCCUGGGAGAGCACAGCUGAGAGCAGCCUGCAGCGGGUAUGGCAGCACCCACAGCACCCACAGCACCCAGCAUUGCCAGGAAUGCAAGAGUUUCAUUUUCCAAUCCAAUCUGCCAUCACCAGGUCAUGGCAGCACCCACAGCACCCAGCAUUGCCAGGAAUGCAAGAGUUUUAUUUUCCAAUCUAAUCUCUGCCAUUACUGGGCAUGGCAGCACCCACAGCACCCAGCAUUGCCAGCAGCUCUGCCAGGAAUGCAAAAGUUUUAUUUUCCAAUCCAAUCUACAUCACUGGGUAUGGCAGCACCCACAGCACCCAGCAUUGCCAGCAGGCUGUGCCUAGAAUGCAAAAGUUUUAUUUUCCAAACCAAUCUCUGCCAUCACCAGGUCAUGGCAAUGCCCACAAAAUUUCCAGCAGACUCUGCCCAGAAUGCAAGAUUUUUAUUUUCCAAACCAAUCUCUGCCACCACUGGGUAUGGCAAUACCCACAAAAUUUCCAGCUGGCUCUGCCCAGAAUGCAAGAGAUUUAUUUUCCAAUCCAAUCUACCAUCACCAGGUCAUGGCAAUACCCACAAAUUUCGAGCAGACUCUGCCCAGAAUGCAAGAUUUUUAUUUUCCAAACCAAUCUUUGUGUGUCCAGCUGCUUUUCCAAACGGUGAGACAACCCAUCCAAAGGGAUUUGGAGCAUCUCAUUGAACAAAUCGGGAAAUGUUUUUAUUUCUAGGAAAAUGCUGAGGGUACUGCUCCUGUCAGAGCUCUAUUCCUGCUGUUGUUUGUAUUUUUUUUUCCUCUGGAUAGAGCUAGCUUUGGUCCUCCCAUCUCAGUGGGUUUUAGGGAUUUUUUUUUUUUGGGGGGGGUGAGUGUGUGUGGUUUAGAUUUUCCCCUCCUGCCUCCUUUUUUUGGAGCAUUUGCUGUAUGCAGGGAAUAGGAGGAGGAGGAGGAGGAAAUGAAGUAAAACUAAUUAAAUAAAAACAUUCCUUAUAUUAUGAUUGUAUUUUCUAAGGGAAAAAAAAAAAAAAAAUCCUUGAAUUUGGCUUCUGGAUUCCAGAAAAACUGAUGGAAUCUGGACAAAACCCUGCCCUUCUGUUACCUGUUGUCCUGGCUUUGGUCCAUGCAUGUAAUAUAAGCUUCAUAAAAGGAAAUAAAUUUGCUUUUGUCAGAA